GAACUGCAAGAAUUAUACGGAUAAUUUAAGGAAUUUAUAACUUCCGGAGAGGGCGAAGUUCGCGACAUUAAUUUUUUAAUUGUAUUGAUAUAAACCGGUGCAUUGCUAUAAAAUGAUCAUUAUUAUUCCGUAAACGUUGAGACAAAUCACCGCGGAGUAAAAUUCAGAACAUGUGUGCAUGGAUUUUCUUCUAUAAAGCGAAUCACUAGCAUAAGUAUUAACUUUUAUAUCUACAUCGGGACUAAGUUUUUAAAACGUGCACCUCCGUCAAACUUGUAGGCGAUAUGAUAUUAACUACUAAAACGUAAUCUUCAUAAGGACAAACACAAGAACGUCAACUUCCAAGGAGAAAAGGAGUUUUAUUUAGCAUUAGAAGUGAAGUAAACUGUAGAGGAGACCGGAACGCACAGUUUUAUAAAGCAUUAGAGGUGAAGUAAAGUUCCAAGGCGACUUGAACAUAAGGUUUUAUUAAGUAUACUUAUAACGGGCACCUGUUUGUAACUUAAAUAAGUCAGGUGAUAUAAACUACGGACAUUCUACAAAGUAACAGCAUCCAAUAUCAAUGAAAUAAAAGAAAAUUGCUGAAAACGACACAACUUAUUAAACAAAAGAUUGGAAGACGAAAGAGCGAUUGUGGGAAAAGAAGAAAUAAACUUAUUCAUUCAAUAUGAUGGCAAGCACGAGAGCCUUAUACAUAUCCAAAACAUUGUUUCUAGUUUUAGUUUUAUUGACGAACUAUAGCAGUGGUUAUUUUAUUAGACAACAGUCUUUUGUAACAGAUAUAGAACCGUCAGAACGACAAAAUACAGAGCUUCAACGCAAAACUCUAAUAGAAAUUUUACAGAAUUUACAAGAAUUUAGUUUUCAAGAAGAAAAGCGAAAAAUAGAUACGAAAUCUUCUUUUCAAGUAAAAACAGAUAGAAGACAGAUGGAUUCAGUGGGUGGCUCAGUGAACAAAAGAGAUUAUGGAAUAAUGCCACCUUGGAAUGAGAUGUGCCGCAUGAUGAGAGUGGCAUUUUGCGUCAGACACAGAAAAUAACAUUAUGUCUACGCUGAUUUAUACUGUCAUUAAAAUCAACGUAUUUCUCA